UCCACUGAAUCAGCAAUGCCAUUGAUGAUCAGUCAUCUAAGUCAGUCCUUUCUUUUCAAUAAACCGAACAGACAGGUUUGCAAAGCGGUCUCUGUUUUUUCCCGCCCUCUCACUCGAUCACCUGAAGUAAGUACGUGUUUCUCGGUCAGUAUAACGGACGGAGAUCGAGAUACUCGGGAACACAGAGAAAAAGCAGUGCUGGACGAAGUGGAUAUUCACUUAUAAACAACUGACUAAAGGCUGCUUUUUGAGAGAUGGACGGGUCAGUCGGGCCGAUGCGAGUGUUGGUGACGGGCGGCAGUGGGCUGGUGGGGCGAGCGAUAGAGCGGGUGGUGAAAGAAGGUGAAGGGAGAGAAGGAGAAAAAUGGAUAUUCCUGUCAUCCAAAGAAGCCAAUCUCGUGAGCGCUGAAGAGACGAGAGCAGCCUUCGAGAAACAUCGUCCGACACACGUCAUUCAUUUGGCCGCGAUGGUGGGCGGACUUUAUAGAAACAUGAGACAGAACCUGGACUUCUGGAGGAAUAAUGUGCACAUCAAUGACAACGUGCUGAACAUGUCUCAUGAGUUCGGUGUGGUGAAGGUCGUUUCCUGUCUGUCUACAUGUGUUUUUCCAGAUAAAACCACCUACCCUAUUGAUGAGACCAUGAUGCACAACGGUGCCCCCCAUGACUCUAAUUACGGUUAUGCCUACGCCAAACGCAUGAUUGACGUCCACAACAGGGCAUUAUUUCAGCAGUAUGGUCGCAAAUACACAGCCGUUAUCCCCACCAACAUGUUUGGAGCCUAUGAUAACUACAACAUUGAGGACGGUCACGUGAUGCCGGGGUUGAUCCACAAGACCUACCUGGCAAAGAAGGAAGGUAAACCUCUGCAGGUCUGGGGUUCGGGUCGUGCUCUGCGUCAGUUCAUCUAUUCUCUGGAUCUGGCUCGUCUGUUUGUGUGGGUUCUGAGGGAGUACGACGAAGUGGAACCCAUCAUUCUCUCAGUCGGAGAGGAGGAUGAGUUGACUGUAAAGGAUGCUGUGGACGCUGUGGUUGAAGCCUUCGGGUUCAAAGGGGAAGUUAUUUAUGACACUAGUAAAUCAGACGGUCAGAUCAAGAAAACCGCCAAUAACAGCAAACUACGCAAAUACUUGCCAGACUUCAAGUUCACGCCGUUCAAACAAGCCGUCAAGGAGACAUGUGAUUGGUUUGCAGCCAAUUAUGACUCCGCCCGUAAAUGAAAGGUCUUCCGAUCUGAUUGGCUGUGGGGAGCUUGAGCACUGGAAACCAAA